AUGGCGGGCCAGCGUGAGCUUGUACAUAUGGAAAUAGUCUCCUAUUCCGGAGACGAAGGCCAGUCUCCGGAAUAUACAAGCGAUGAUCUACCAUCAUCUGACGCGGAUACCGCAGCUAAUAAUACUAAUAAUAAUGGCCUUAAAAGAAAGGGCGGCGCCGGCGCAGACCAGGACGACGGGAAUCGGCCGAAGCGCCAGCGCCACUAUUUCGAGCUCGAGAUGCCGGUCACCGAGCCCGGGCAGGAGCCGCCGAUUCACAAUCCCGAGCUGUAUGAGGAAAUCCAACGCAUGGCGGAGAGGGAUGGCGUGGAGAUUAAUCCCGGCACGACGGUGGUGCUGAAAUGUGAGCCGGGGGAAGGUGGGGGUUCGAAAAUGGUGGCGGAAGCGCUUGUUGCGGACCAGGCGUUGCCCAUCGAUGGGGGUGGUGAGGUUGAGGGGGGUAUGGGUUGGAGGGGCGAUGUGGAGCAGGUGAAUAAGGGUAGGGAAGCAGAGAAAGAUGAGCAGGUGGGGGAUGAUAACGUGGAGAGUACUCCGCGUCCACCGGUUAGCCCCUUGACGCCGAAUGGGGAGUGUGAGCAAGAAUUAAGGGAUGACGUGGAUGAAAAUCGUGGCCUUCAUAUUCUUCUCGAGGGUAUCGAGUUAGCUCAAGAAAGAGACCUUGAGCAUAGUAGGCUCGAGGAGGAAUUGCAAAGAAGUAUUGCAGCUCAGGGAGAGCACUCGAUAAAAAAUCCAAAUGAAGAAGGACACAACGAGACACGAGGUGCACGAGACCCACAGAGCACGAUAGAAAUUGCUGAAGAAGCUGUGCGAAGGCUAUCAGAUACACUAUUAAUACAGCAUGAUCAACGUAUAUCUUACUCGUCAUCUGUGAGCUUGAUUUCGACGGAAGCUCAAAGUCCCUCAAGACAACCGAGUGGGAAAAGCGGGACGGUGGCCGACGAGCCCUGUUCGCCAAUAGAGCAAAGGUGGCAACCAGGAGUUCAAGAACGGCCUAUAAUAAACGCAGCUACAAAUGGACAAAAUGACGAUUCUGAGCUUCGCCAGCCCCGAACCAAUCGCGGUUUUGACUAUGAUUCCGACGAACUAACCGGUCGAGAGCAGUCCAGCCCUCCGCCUCCGCGCCCGAUCUCACCGAUUCAUGGACUGAAAAGGAUCGGAAAGAAUUCAUUGCUGGCCGCGUUUCCGAGAGUGCCGAGGUUUAGAAGGAUGAGGACGUGGGCGGGACGGCAGAGCCUGCGGCCUGAUAUAAGAAGACUGCACACUGCACUAACACUCCUCCCCUAUCCUUGCGUGACUAGGCCUGGGAGAAGAAAUAUCAUAAUACCCCCCCGUCCUCCACCCAGCAUACUCGCAGAAUCUCCAGCCGAGGAGCCCCCGCCUGCCCGAACGAAUGUAUAUCCAACCUUACCUAAUAGAGACGUGCCGAUCCCGUCCAUUGAAGUUGCGGAGAACUAUCUGAUCCCAGCACCUACGGGCACCUCCGGUCACAGCGACGCGCCGCGCCGGAGAGCGAGGAUCAGAAUAGGACCUCCGCGAGGAAGAGGAAAUAGGCCAUUGGGAGCUGCAACAACACAAACGCGGGUACCUGCUGCUGAUACAGCAGUUCCUUUGCAGACUAUAAUCGAAAAUGUCGGCGAUUUACCAGAAGCAAGAAGCGAGGUAAAGCCAGAAACCCAAUCUGUGCAUGGAGAGUUUCCGGCAGUGCCGGCAGCCAAUCACUCGAUCACAUCUACUGCGGAUCGCGGUGCUCCUCGACGCAGGGCAAACACUAGACGAGGCCCCCCGCCGGGCCGAAAGCCUAAACCGCCAAAUACUGCGCUCGCAGCAGAAGCUCCAAGUACAGUAGCUGCGCCUGCGGUGGAAUUACCGGCUGGAGAUAUUAAUGGUCAGCCUCGGACCGAAGGUGCUGAACCUAAGGCCAUGACGCCUGCAAAUACGGCGGCAAAAAGAGUCGGGGAACCGAGUGGGCCUCCACAAAGCACGCUGUCGGCAGGACCUAGUCAAGGCCAAGAGGGAUUGCAUAACGGCACUGCUCCGCCUAUUAUACAGGAACCUAACGCAACUGCCGCGCCAAAGAAAGGAAGACGUGCGCCAAAGACAGUAGCGACAGCGCCGACCCGAAUCACUCGCGCAGCCGCCAGAGCCGCGGCAGCGGCAGAAGCAGCGGCAAAUGCGCCUAUGAAAACAGCUCAAGCGGAACGACCUGAAGAACCAAGCGUACAGGAUGCUGGUCCGGAGCCUAAAGCAAAGGCUGCUAAGGCUGCACCCAAAAAGACAAUGGCCGCGGCGCCGAAAGCGAAAACAACGGCUAAGAAUGCCCGUGGUGCUAAAGCAAAGGGAGAGGAAGCUAAUGGGACUGAAGGAGAGGGAGAAAGUGGUGAAGCUGUUCCAAAAGGAGGCGUAGCCAAAUCGAACAAGGGGACCAAGGUCUCUUCUAAAACGUCGGGGAAGGGAAGUAAAGCACCGCCAAAGAAGGACGGUAAGAAGAAGUAG